AGCCAUAAAAUCACUCCCUUUCGUUUUCCUCUCCCAACCCCAAAGACUCUUUAUUCUUCUCUAUGCAUUAUUAUCAUCUUCUCUAACAGACUAGUACGACACCGUUAGCAAAUGGAGAGCAUGAGCACAUCCAACUCAGUGACGCGAAGCAACAGCGUGCAACAACGAACACCCACCAAAAAAACCAAAUCCAAGAAAAAGCCUCACCCCGUUAAGGUUGUCUACAUAUCCAACCCCAUGAAGAUCAACACCAGCGCCGCCGAGUUCCGCGCCUUGGUGCAAGAGCUCACCGGCCAGGACGCCGAGUCGCCGCCCGACCCCGCCCGCUUCCACGCCGCCGGAGAACUUCACCGCUCCUCCCCCGGCCCCCACGAUAGCUGCGUGCUCCCUCCCCCACCGGAUCCCACCGAUUUCCAGGGUCAACCGCUUCCCUCUUCCAUUGACCCUUUCGACGACGACGACGUUUUCACUCCGCAGAUGAUAGACAACAUUUCCGCCUUGCUUCCAGCGACUCUAUUCUACGAAUCUCCCCAUCUCAAUCACUGGGCAAAGGAUGGGAUUUGGGUUGUGAUGGGAGUUUAAGCUGCUUUAGAAAUGUACGAUUGCUACCUUGCUUUUAAUUAAAGAUAAAACUUAUGCAGCAUCAUCUACAUGAACCAAAAAAAUAAGUUUUGUACUUUAAUUAAUCUUCUUGCUCGGAAGAGUAGCAGUACAGCGGCUCCGGCGGUUUUGUUCUUUACUCUUGUGGGGAUAUAAGUGAGUAUCGGAACUAGUUGGAAGAAUUGAUUGAUUUUUUUUUUGUGGUUGGAAAUGAAUUUGAUGUCAAAAAUCCAAAAAAAAUAAAGAGUGAGCUUGUGUGGAUAGAGAAAUGGGGACCCAACUCAUGAAAAUUAAUACUUCAAUGACCACUUAUUUAGUACA